UAAAAUAUAAUGGCAAAUAUGUAAAUUCAGUAAUAAAAGAGAAAAUUGGUGAUACAAAACUGAAUCAAACUCUCACAGAUAUUGUCAUCACCACAGACCCCAUCACAUUCUCAACCAAUCAGGUGGAGAAUAAGGAUGUUUCACUCUCAGACAUCUGCAUUGGAAGUUUAGCUUUUCCGGCUUAUUUGCCUCCGCAUUCCUUCGUAACUAAAGAUUCCGACGGUAAUUCCAAACAAUUCGACCUCAUUGGCAGUCCAGUCGACAACCCGGUAAAUAUAUAUCUCCAUCUUACACUCUCCGAUAAAAAAAAUAAACAAAAUUCAAUAACAAAUACUAAUUAUUUUUCCGGGAUUUUGUUUUUGCAGAUAUUAGCAGCAAUGAUGCAAAUACGAACGGAGAAGCGUAAUUUUUCCCCGUUCUUUUUGUCGGUGGGAAGUUGUUUACCUAAAUAUAACAUCAAGAAAGCAAGAAAGUGGUUUCUUUACAAUUACACAGUAAUGAAUGGUUCAUCGACCGUUUGGAGUACAAUCGGUCGACUUGCGUCAUUUCUCACUGAUUACGACAGUCUCUUUUAUUUCCAAGACUCUCACGGUGGAGAAGAAUCUCUUCAACGCUUUUUCUCUCAAGAUAAUUAUCUUCGAAUUCAGGACGAUUCUUUAACCGGGGCAAUGCGUUCAAUGGACGUUGCGACGAAGACGAAUUUGAAGAAUUUAGUGAAAGUCGGAGAAAAUUUGUUGAAGAAACGAGUUUCGAGGCUAGAUUCGAAAAGUAGAAAUUUUGUGCCGAUUAGCGACGAAACGAACGAGGAAGCACUGAUUAAACUAGCAGUAGAGCUUUCGAGCGAGAAGCGAAUUCGAGAUACAAAUUAA